UAAAUAAAUUAAAAAAAAAAAAAACAGAGUCUACUGUGAAUUAUCCGCAUGUGACCACUGGAGUACCAGAAGAAAGCAAAACAUCUUUACAGAUUUCAUUCUGCAAGGAGGCAUAAAAAUGUGAAAAAUCUUAUUGUGAAAAUUGUAUACGUGGAGAGAGAAAGCAAGCAUUUAUUUGUUUGGCUGUAGUUCAGGGGGAAAUCUCUGCAGAUGUAUGUAUGCAUGUGUUUGGCUGCGCCGGGCCUUUGUUUAUGGCACGUGGCAUCUCGUUCCCUGACCAGAAAUAGAACCCGUGCCCUGCACUGGGAGUGUGGGGUCUUGGCCACUGAACCACCAGGGAGGUUCCUGGUCUCAGAAAUUUUAAAUACCUGUUUUCCUGAUAUAACUCACUUCCAGUUUGGAUCAUUGCUGUGAGUUAAUUUUUUUAAAUUGUUUGAUGGAAAGGAAAAACACACUAACAUCACUUAGACUCAUUCCCCGCAGGUGUGAGAUGAGUGACUCCGAAGAAGAGGGCCCCCCCCAGCUUUCUUCAUACGCCCUUGCAGCUCUGCAGGAAUUUUAUGCUGAGCAGCAGCAGCACCACCCUGACCUCCGUGGUGAUGACAAGUAUAACAUUGGGAUAAUAGAAGAGAACUGGCAGCUAAGCCAGUUCUGGUACAGCCCGGAGACGGCCCUGCGCCUUGCUGAGGACGCCGUGGCAGCUGCUGGGGAGGGCGGCAGAAUAGCGUGUGUGAGCGCCCCCAGCGUCUACCAGAAGCUGAGAGAGCGGCACAGAGACGCUGUCUCUGUCUGCAUCUUUGAGUACGACCGCAGGUUUGCCGCAUACGGAGAGGACUUUGUCUACUAUGACUACAAGAACCCUGUGGACUUACCUGAGAGGAUCGCCACACACAGCUUUGACAUCGUCGUGGCAGAUCCCCCCUAUCUUUCGGAGGAAUGUCUUAGGAAAAUGUCGGAAACCAUCAAGCUCCUGACUCGGGGCAAGAUCUUGCUAUGCACAGGUGCUGUCAUGGAGGAGGCGGCAGCAAAGCUGCUUGGAGUGAAGAUGUGCAAGUUUAUUCCAGAACACACUCGCACCCUGGGAAACGAGUUUCGCUGUUUCGUGAAUUAUGACUCCGGGCUAGACCGUGAUCUGUCAGUACAGCUCCCAGUGCAAGAAGGACCCAAGUGACGUUUCCUCUCUGAAAAACUACCACCUCCCCAGUCCUCAUUUUCGAGAGCCGAGCCCUUGUGAUCCUGAAGUCUCAAGAGUCACAGCUGUGACCUCUGACCUCAUGGGGGACACACUGUAUGCAGGUCACACCCAGGUCACACCCUUGGAAUUCUAGCCCCUCGGGAGCACAGGACAGAAAUGAACCAAACGCGAUCAGCCCGAGGGGACCUCUGUGGACUGGUCUUCCCUGGCCGGGACUGCUGGGCAGCAGCUGAAUUAAGAAGUGUCCAGCUAAGAAGGACCUUCACACAACCAGUUAUGGAAGCACAGAUGCGGGAAGGCACGUGAUGGGUGACAGGGUGGGGAGGUAGAACCUGACCGGCUGUCAGCGUUGGAGGCAGGAGACCGUGUCAGCCAGGCUAACUGCCCACGGCCUGGGGGCAGCCAUGGCCCCUUACUUGAAGGGAGGUCCAUGGAUCGCUUCCUCCUUUGGGUCCAGCAGCUUUAGACACUGAUGGAGCAGAUGACUGAGCAGGAAGACCUGGAAAUGGCAUCUUGGCAGCAGCAAGUUCACCUGAUGACGCUGAGUACAAGCCACUUAGACAGCAGGAAAGAGCUACGACAGUCUGUGUGGGGCGAUCUGUGGCCCCAGGGAAGGAGCAGAGGGACAUGUCCGAGUUCUUGGCCACCACGUGGAUGUGGGGAUAAGGUCAGGAAAGAUCAGGUGACCAAGACAGGUGUCACAAUGGAGAGGGAGAGCCAACUCAGGCGUAGACCAUCCUUCCCAAUUCCCUUCUCAUUGCUCUGGGGGGUGGGGGCAGAAAUCUGUUGAGUUGAACAGGAAUAGGGCGGCAGGGUCGGCUGGCAAACACCCUUGUCUGCCCCAGGACCUCAGAUCCACACCGAGCCCGUCCAGCAUACGCACACAGGGCUGACUGUUAUGAGCUUUUCAUCACUUACCCUCAGUCCUGCCUUUGCAAGAGCUUUACUUUUCCAGCUCUCCAAGCCCUGAACUGCCUCAUUCCCAUCCUUCAAUGAGGGCACAGCCCCCCGGGGACCCCGCCAGGCAGGAGUGGGGGUCAUGUCAGGAAGAACCCCAGCUCCUCCGUUUUGCCUCCAAAGGCCUCCACAACCUGCUCCUGCCGCGUACCUCCCUGAGCUUGGGCAGACACCCCAGUCCCGCAGUGGGACGCCUGGCGGGGGCCGCAGCUGAGCUUUUGCUCAAGGUGAACUCUCUCCCAAACCAAUCUCAUUUCUCAAGGUCCAGUGCAAGUCAGUAUCUUGAGUUUUCAGACUGCCUUAGUGAAAGUUAACCUUCACUUUCCCCAUAUUCCUACAACACUUGGGGCCACAGACAACUGUACCUUUUCCUCCCCUUCCCCUGGGAGGGAAAGGUAAGGGCUGCACCUGUCCUCUCUUGCUCCAGCAAGCCCACCCAGUGCUGCACAGCAGAUGGUGAGAGGGUGGGUCUGACUCAACCCCUCAGCUUCCUGUCAUUCACACCUUAACUUAGCAUUAGGAGGACAAGAAAUUUAUUAUAAUAUCUCUGCUCACACUGAACAAAUACCUGAGUGCCAGGGAUGUUUCAGGCAGUAGGAAUACAGAUUAAAUAAUACAGUCCAAGGACUCACCCUCUCCGGGGUAAAUGCACAAAGAAAGUUAACCCAGCCAUGGCAGCACGGGCGGCUUCCUGCCAAAGGGGAGCCUGGGUGGAUUGGUCCAGAUGGAGGGAGGAAGGGCCUCUGGGCAGAGGUCAGAGCCUAGACUUGGGACCACCAGGUAGGAGGUGCCGCCCAGGAGAACUGGCACAGCUGGAGCCCUCUGUGGAGGGUCUGACCCUAAAGGCAGCAGGAUGUUAAAGGAAGAAGUGACCCAAUCUCCUGGAGUUUAGGUCUCUUGGGAUACAGAGUGGAAGACAGUCUGGAGCCCAGGAGAGAUCUUGGCUAAAGAGGGAGAUUUUUACAUUAUUAGCACAUGAACAGUAGUUAAAUAAGAUCAUUCAUGGAAGUGUAGACAGAAACUCAACAGGUUUCAUUCCAAGAGGGAAAAGAGGCAGGGCAAUUAAAUAUUAACAGCCUUGAGAAACCACCAGCAAAAUGAAAAGGCAGCCCACUGAACAGGAGAAAAUAUUUGCAAACCAUAUGUAAGGGGAUAAUACACAAGAUACACAAAGAACUCGUGUAACUCAAUACCAAAAAAUAAAAAUGUAAUUUAAAAAUGGGCACAAGACCUAAACAGACAUUUUCCCAAAGAAGGCAUACAGAUGUCCAACAGGCACAUGGACAGAUGUUCACCAUCAAUAAUUAUUAGAGAAAUGCAAAUUGAAACCACAAUGAGAUGUCACCUACAUCUGAAAGAAUAGCGGUCAUCAGAAAGACAAGAAAUAAGUAUUGCUGAGGACACAGAGAAAAGGGAAGCUUUGUGUACACUUGAUGGGAGUGUAAAUUGGUGCAGACACUCUGGAAAAUAAUAGAGAUUCCUCAAAAAAGUAACAGAACUACUAUAUAAUAGAGCAAUUCCACUGCUGGGUAUUUAUCCAAGGCAAACAAAUCACCACCUUUAAAGACAUAUGAUCACUGCAGCAUUAUUUACAACAGCCAAGACAUGGCAACAACCUAAGUGACCGCCAGUGGAUGAAUGGACAGAGAAAUGUGGUGUACAAUGGAAUGUCGUUCAGCCAUGAGCAAGAAUGAAAUCUUGCCAUUUGCAACAACAUGGAUAGAACUUGAAGGCAUUAUGCUAAGUGAAGUCAGUCAGAGAGAGGACGAUAAACACUACGUGAUCUCAUAUGUGACAUCUAAACAAAACAAUCAUAGAUACAGAGAACUGACCAGUGUUUGCCAGGGCAGGGAGUAGAGGGUGGGCAAAAUGGUACAGGGAGUCCAUGGUACAGAUUUCUGGUUAUAAGUUGUGGGGAUGUACAGUACAGCAUGAGGACCAGCUAACGUGCUGUGGCAUACUUACGA